GGCGUCAAUCAAAUCGAAACUCGGAAUAAUGUCAUCCUACCAUAUCUAUGGAUGUGCCUCCUUCGCCGGAGAAGGCCAUCUUCCAGAAGAACUUGACCCGACAGGAUGUGCCACUUUUACGUCGGAAAAUCUGGAAGUGAAGAUGUGUUUCAAUGUAUAUUUUGACAACGGAUCAAGUUGUAGAUUGAUGGCC